GCGGGCCGGGGCUAUAAAAGAGCCGACGGGCUCCCUCUGCCGCCCAGCGCAGCGCCCGCAGGCUGAGGGCGGCGUGGAGGUUGCACCCGGGCGCCGGCGACAGCACCGAGUCCUGCCGAGCCGAGCCGUCCUCGGGGCCCGCUGUCCAGGUGUGUGAACCUGCGAAGUGCUCCAAGAUGAUCUGGGUUGUGUUAGUGCUGGGGAUUCUACUUCCUCACUCUUCAGCCCAUCCAGGCUUUUUCACUUCAAUUGGUCAAAUGACUGAUUUGAUCCAUAAUGAGAAAGACCUGGUGACGUCACUAAAAGAUUAUAUUAAAGCAGAAGAGGACAAGUUAGAACAAAUAAAACAAUGGGCAGAGAAGUUAGACCGGCUGACCAAUACAGCAACAAAAGAUCCAGAAGGGUUUGUAGGGCACCCUGUAAAUGCGUUCAAGUUGAUGAAACGUCUGAACACUGAGUGGAGUGAGCUGGAGAACCUAGUUCUCAAGGACAUGUCCGAUGGUUUCAUCUCUAACCUAACCAUUCAGAGGCAGUACUUCCCUAAUGAUGAAGAUCAGGUUGGGGCAGCUAAAGCUCUCUUUCGUCUACAAGACACCUACAAUCUGGACACAGAUACCAUCUCAAAGGGCAAUCUUCCAGGGGUGAAGCACAAGUCUUUUCUAACAGCUGAAGACUGCUUUGAGUUGGGCAAAGUGGCAUAUACAGAAGCAGAUUAUUACCACACAGAACUGUGGAUGGAACAAGCACUAAUGCAGCUGGAGGAAGGAGAGGUCUCUACCAUUGACAAAGUCUCUGUUCUAGAUUAUUUGAGCUAUGCAGUAUACCAGCAGGGAGACCUGGAUAAGGCACUCUUGCUUACAAAGAAGCUUCUUGAACUAGAUCCUGAACAUCAGAGAGCUAAUGGUAACUUAAUAUAUUUUGAGUAUAUAAUGAGUAAAGAAAAAGAUGACAAUAAGUCUGCUUCAGGUGACCAAUCUGAUCAGAAAACUACACCAAAGAAAAAAGGGAUUGCUGUGGAUUACCUGCCAGAGAGACAGAAGUACGAAAUGCUGUGCCGUGGGGAGGGUAUCAAAAUGACUCCUCGGAGACAAAAAAAGCUGUUUUGCCGCUACCAUGAUGGAAACCGGAAUCCUAAGUUUAUUCUGGCUCCAGCCAAACAGGAGGAUGAGUGGGACAAGCCUCGUAUUAUUCGUUUCCAUGAUAUUAUUUCCGAUGCAGAAAUUGAAACUGUCAAAGAUUUAGCAAAGCCAAGGCUGAGCCGAGCUACAGUACAUGACCCUGAGACGGGGAAAUUGACCACAGCACAGUACAGAGUAUCUAAGAGUGCUUGGCUGUCUGGCUAUGAAGACCCUGUGGUGUCUCGAAUUAAUAUGAGAAUACAAGAUCUCACAGGACUGGAUGUUUCAACAGCAGAGGAAUUACAGGUAGCAAAUUAUGGAGUUGGAGGACAAUAUGAACCUCAUUUUGACUUUGCAAGGAAAGAUGAGCCGGAUGCUUUUAGAGAGCUUGGGACAGGAAAUAGAAUUGCUACAUGGCUGUUUUAUAUGAGUGAUGUGUCUGCUGGAGGCGCCACUGUUUUCCCUGAAGUAGGAGCCAGUGUUUGGCCCAAAAAAGGUACUGCUGUCUUCUGGUAUAAUCUGUUUGCCAGUGGAGAAGGAGAUUACAGUACACGGCAUGCAGCCUGUCCCGUGCUAGUUGGAAACAAAUGGGUAUCCAACAAAUGGCUCCAUGAACGUGGACAAGAAUUCCGAAGGCCAUGCACCCUGUCAGAACUGGAAUGACAGACAGGCUCCCUGCUCCUGUUGUCCUCUAAUGCGCCAGGCACAAUUGUGGAUCAUAACUUUGAGAAGUUUACAGGUCACUAACACUCCACGAUUAACUCAGUCAUGAACCUCAUCCCAUGUUUUGUCUGCGGACAAUCACUUUAUGGAUUUUUUUUUUUUAAUUAACACUCAGUCAUCACAUUAUGUAAAACUUUACAGUUCAGUUGUUAUCACAGGAUACAGACAUUUAAAAUGAGGAGUCCUAUAUCUGUUUUUGGUUAUUAAUUUUUUUUUUAAUGAGCAUCCAGUUGAAGACAUGACAUCUCAGUAGGGUGGGCCAGGCAAGGCUGUGUACUGGCAUGCAGAUGCCUGUACACCUGUUCUUCCCUUGCUGUACUUUUUGGAUUGCUGAGUACUAGUAAGAAACUAGGACCUUAGUCUGGGUCCUUGGGUUUUGCCCCUUCAUCUGUUAUUCCACAUUCAUAUUAUUAUUUAAAGAAACUGUAUUUGGUUUGAAAAAAUUACUUUGUUCAAAAGUCCUGCAGAAAUGGCCUUUACAACUAAAAUGCUCAGACUUAGACAUUUUCUCAAGUGACUGUUGUGUCCAGAGACUGCUGUUCCAAGUGACAGUGCCCUGCCUUGUAUUCCAGCUGCAGCAGGCCGUGAUGCUGGCAUUCUGAUGAAAUACUGUGCCUUAGGAGACUGGGAGUUAGGAAAUGUACAGGUCCUUAUAAUGACGGAGUUGAUUUUUAAAAAGAAAUGUUUUAUAAAAAGCCAAAAUGUUUGGAUUUUUUCCAUUCUGAAAUGUGUUAUAACAAUGACCUAUUUAUGAUCUUAAAUCUUUUUUUUUUUAAAAAAAGUCUCUGUGUGGUAUUUCUCAUGUUUAAAUCCAAAUGUAAAAUACAGUGCUGCUUGCAGUUAAUACUAAUUUACUCCUUUACAGGGCUGAGAUUUAAUAUUCGUGGUUAAACAUUUAGUUAAUCAAAACAUGUUUCUUUGUAUAGCUUGCCUGGCCUGCUCCAAACUCUUGAGACACUAACAGAAAGUGAACUUUUCUUCAAAGAUGGUCAUACUUUGGUUAUGAGUCAUUAAAAUAAUGAUACUUACAGUUUCUCCUAUUUAAAA